AGAUCAAACAGGAAGAUCGAAUUGCAGUGAUACCACCAUUGAGUGGGGGCUAAGCCGCUUGUCAUAUGGUACCUUAGUUAUAAAUAUGGAUCACUUAAAAUUGACAGAGGACAAGUUGUCGGUGGAGGCUAUUAGUGAGCUGGUAGGGGACAGCAGCUGCGGAGCCAUUUCUGUCUUCAUUGGCACAACUAGAGACAACUUUGAAGGAAAAAAGGUGGUGAAGUUGGAGUAUGAAGCGUAUGAGGCGAUGGCCCUGAAGGCAUUUAAAGACAUUUGCAAUGAGCUGAGAGGCAGAUGGCCGGCUGUGCAUGGCAUUGCUAUUUACCACAGGCUGGGCGCGGUGGCGUGCGGCGAGGCGUCGCUGGUGGUGGCGGUGAGCAGCGCGCACCGCGGGCCGGCGCUGGCGGCCGCGGCGCACUGCCUGGAGCGGCUGAAGGCGAGCGCGCCCGUGUGGAAGCGCGAGCACUACGCCGGCGACCUCGCGCCGCACUGGAAGGAGAACCCCGAAUGUUCACCAACACUGCCACCUCACAGAUCACCAUCUCCAUCACCUCCUCGUUCGCCGGACAACACGACCGACACAAACUUGAUUCAGAUAAAUGUCUCCAACGAGGAGCUGCAGCAGCGCAUACAGAACUUUAUAGAGCGGAAGCGCGCGCAAGUGGACCUCAGCAACAUCGUGGACUUCAUCCCCGGCUGCGGCGAGAGCGAUGCGCAGGCGCAGGACGCCGACACGUGCGCUCGGGUGCGAACGCAGUUCGUUAAGCGCUCCGACUCCAAGGGUCACUUGAAAAUUCGCAGAGUGCACAACGAGUGGGGCCCGCAGGUGUCGUGC